AUGAAGUGGCAAGAGUGCCACCUCAUCGAGGAACCGGGUGGCCGGGGGCUACUGUUGGUCAUGAAAUUGUUCAAAGGCUAUAUUCUCGUGGACAGUGUGGAGUUUAAGGUCUUCCGGUUGGAGGUUGGCGAUGGUCGGGUGGAGUGUGUGGAGCUUGACAGUGUGGAUGAGUGGACCAUAUUCAUCAACUAUUUUUGGAGAGGGUUUUGCCGCGUCUCCUCCUCCGAGAGACGAGUAACCCGACCCAAUUCCAUAUAUUACACGGACAAGAUAGGGAGGGCGGUGAAAAUCUACGACUUGGGUGAGAGGAGCACGACCAUCCCAGCACCUUAUAUCAAAGAUGAUUCCAAUUAUCGAUAA